AAAUAAUAUUUACAAAAACCGAGUUAACUCGUUUUUUAUGACAAUGAUAAGAGUGAACCAUAGCGAAGAAGAAGAAGAAGCAGCAGAAAUGGCGAGAUUUUCCCUAGGAAGAGAAGAAGAUGAUAACGAUGAAGGACCCAGUAGCCCCACAAGAAGACCUGUACCCAAAAGACGGAGAACUACAGCCGGCACUUUCUCUUGUAGCGCCGUUCGUCGUGAACAAGAACAAGAACAAGAAAGAGAAAGGGAAAGGCAUGGUGGAAUUGAAGAAAGGGUUGUUGAGGAAGAGCACGAAGAGGAGGCGGAGGUGGAAGAGGAAGAAGAUGAGGAGGAGGAGGAAGAUGGGGAUUGGGAAUCGGAAUCGGAAUCGGAAUCUGAGGGAAAUUUCCGACUGAGUGGUGAUCGGAGAGUGCGAAUUCGUGAUUCUGAGGUUUCAAGAGGGAACAGGUCCAUUUCUGCUGAGGACCCAGAUCAGAAUUUGGAGGGUUCAAGAGGAAAUGGGUCAAUUUCCGUGACGUUAUCGGAUCCGGAUGUGUUGGAUUGCCCAAUCUGCCUUGAACAUCUCUGUGUUCCUGUCUUUCAGUGUGAGAAUGGGCACAUAGCAUGUGCCUCUUGCUGCAUCAAGAUUGCUAAUAAGUGUCCAUCGUGUUGUUGGCCAAUUGGAUAUAACCGUUGUCGGGCUAUGGAGAAGGUUCUGGAAUCUGUGAAAGUCUCAUGCGUGAACAAAAGGUAUGGUUGCAAGGAGAUUCUGAGUUAUAGUAAGAAAACUGACCAUGAAAAUGCAUGCAUCUAUGUGCCUUGUUCGUGUCCUUCCCCUGCCUGUGACUUUAUAGGUACCUCAACAAAGGUAUAUGCACAUUUUAGCCAUGCACAUUUUUCUUCAGCCCAGCACAUUUUUUUCAAUGCUGUCCAUCCAAUUUACAUAGAAAAAGAUCAAUGUUGCCAAGUUCUACAAAUGAGGACAGAAGGUAUACUUUUCAUCAUCAACCAUGCUAGUGACCGUGUUGGAAGUGCUAUCAACAUUAUCUGUGUUGGACCAGCUAUGCAGAAGAGAAGGUUCGCAUACGAGCUUGUACUAACAGAUGGGGAGAGCUCUUUUAAACUAGAAUCUGUUGCAGAGAGUGUCCCAAACUGGUCAGAAAAUAUUCCUUUGAAAAAAUUCCUUCUGGUCCCAAGAGAUGUCGUUAAUGCCAGGGCUCGGCUGAAGUUGGAUGUUUUCAUAGAAGAGAAGGAAUACAUCUGCAAUGGUUGCAGAUGUUGAUGUACCAUAUAUGUAAUCUUGUUUUAUUAUGUUUUGGCAUGUUCAUGUAACAUUGCCUUGGUAUCUUUUUUAGAAAUUUUAUGCCAAUUAGUUAUUGGAUUGGUGCUGCUAUAUUUGGGGAUUUGAAUUGUGUUAUUGAAUUUACCUUGUUCCUUCUU